AUGGAAGACAGCCCAAGAAUUCUGAUGGAGAAGGCGAGCAGGAUCUUGAGAAAAUCAAUCUACACCUUCCUUCAAAACUAUCAGUACCUGACAGCAACAGCUGCAGUUCUUGCUUUUCCCUACUCAGCCUCAAUUCUCCUUUCACAGGUGUUUGUUCCCUCCUCUCCUGUCUUGCCAACAGUUCAUAAUCGUCUCAGGAUUCUUUUCCAGGCUGCAGGGUUCCCUCCUUCCUCAGAUUUCUUCACAAUUCUCAGUUUGAAGAUUUCCCAAACCAUCUCUUCCUGUAUAUUCACUCUUCCUUUCACCCUUUCUUUCCUCCUCAUAGCCAAAUCCUCCAUAAUUCAACUUCUCAACCAACAUAAACCAAACUUGCCACCUUCUUUCUCUUCAGUUUGUUCCCUUUACAAGCCUCUCCUGGCAACCCAUAUAUGCAAUUUCCUUUUACUCGUCUCAGCAAAUGCAACAGCUUUCUCCCUUUUAUUCUUUGCCUUCAAUUUUCUUGAAGGGUUUGGAUUCUCAUCCCCCAAUUGGCUCCUCUUCCUGUCAGCUGCAGGUGCUGUUCUUUAUUCUAUCAUUCUUGCCAAUGCCCUCAUAGUAUGCAACUUAGCAUUGAUUUCAUCAGGAAUGGAAAGAUCCAGUGGAUAUAUGGCAAUUCUCAAGGCCUGUGUUCUGAUCAGGGGAAGAACUUCAACCGCCUUAACAUUGGCAGUACCUGUCAGUCUGGUCCUGGGAGCCAUUGAAGCCCUCUUCCAUUACCGGGUUGUGAGAGCAUAUCACACUGGUAAUAUGACCAGCUUUCCAACAGCUUUAGAAGGGAUAUUAAUUGCUUACUUGUACUCCACAUUUAUUGUUCUUGAUACUGUUGUGAGUUGCAUGUUCUUCAAAAGCUGCAAGACAGGUUCUUUAAGAGACCUGGAUAGCAGAUACUCGUACAGGGUUGAAAUUGCAGAGGAAGAUGGUAAUGCUUAUGUGGAGUUGAAGAAUAUUGAAGAACUGCCAUAG